CGCCCGCUCAAACUAAGCAGACAUGAGUGAACCGGAGAAGAAGAAGCCGCUGCCACCGGCAUUCACAUUCCUAAAUGCAGGACUUUCUGGAAUGUUGGCAACCUGCUUCGUGCAUCCCAUGGAUGUAGUCAAAAAUCGAAUGCAAGUGCAAAAAGAAAAAGCGUCGAUCGGUUCUGUGAUAGGCGAUAUAGUGAAAAAUGAAGGCAUUUUGAAAUUCUAUUCUGGACUGAGUGCUGGUCUUGUGCGGCAGGCGACUUAUACUACUGUGAGGCUUGGUAUUUAUAAUCAGCUGCAAGAAUAUUGGAGACAGAGUCAUACUGGCAAACCUAAUUUCGGUACGUUGGCACUGAUGGCUGGCAUAGCAGGGUCCAUGGGGGCUUUUGUUGGUACACCGGCGGAAGUGGCGCUCGUAAGAAUGGCGACUGACGGCAGAUUGCCAAAAGAACAACGGAGAAAUUACAAGAACGUGUUUCACGCGUUUGCGACGAUAAUUAAAGACGAAGGAGUCUUGGCCCUUUGGCGAGGAACCGUAGCAACGAUGGGACGAGCGAUUGUUGUUAACAUAUCUCAGCUUGCAACAUACAGCCAGGCCAAGUUUUUGAUAGCUUCAAAAUUAAAUAUGGAAGACAGUAUAAAACUCCAUUUCCUUGCAUCCAUGUUGUCUGGAUUUCUCACCACCUUCAAUAGCAUGCCGUUUGACAUAGCUAAAACAAGAAUACAGACCAUGAAGACCGUGGGGAAACCGCCUGGCAUCAUUUCGGUAUUAAUGUCCACGAUGAAAAACGAAGGCAUAGCAGCGUUGUGGAAAGGGUUCUGGCCUACUUACUGCAGAAUAGGACCGCACACAGUUUUAACGUUAGUAAUUAACGAGCAGAUCGUAAGACUGUUCAGGCGAUAUGUGCAAGGUGAAAACGGAGCAUCUAAGUAACUCAAUUAUAUGGCAUACAUGAUCGCGUACACAAGCGACGCUUCUAACAGAGAAUUACACGUAUGCGGUCGCGAAGCUAUAAUUGAAUGUUCGAGUGUUGUGUCAUCCCAGAAAUGUAUCGAACCACAAGUGAGAUUGUGAAAGAUGAAUCGACAAAUUUUUGUAGCGGCUACCAGUUUGUAGAAGAUAUUUGUAGAAAAAUAUUUAUGCAAUAAAUAAAAAAAAGGGUGUCGUAACUCGCAAUCCAUGUA